AUGUUUGGCAAAGUAUCGAACUAUGUGUCGUCAAUGUGGGACUCGGUUGUCACGGCCCCGACGAACACCGACUACAACAUUGUGACGACGCCCACGGCGAGGACCAGCAGUCCGUCCACGUCGGACAAGGGCUUUGUGCUGUCGCUCGUGCUCUUCCAAGCCGUGUGUCUGCUCAUCUUCGGCCUCAAGUUCGACAUGCCCAGCCCCGAGUCACUGGACCCGACGGACGCCAGUGCCUCCACGUUGAGCUCGUACCCCAUGUACAUGGACAUCCACGUCAUGAUCUUCGUCGGCUUUGGGUUCCUCAUGACGUUUCUCCGGAAAUACAGUCUAAGUGCCGUCUCGCUCAACUUCCUCCUUGGGGUCCUGGCCCUCGAAUGGGGCGUCAUCAUGGUGCCAAUGGCCCACCAGCUGCUGGGCAACCACUACUCGACGGCUGUCCUGAACAUCCCGACGCUCAUCAACGGCGACUUUGCCGCUGGCGCUGUGCUCAUUAGCUUUGGGGCAGUGCUGGGGAAGACCACACCAACGCAACUCGUGUGGAUGACGUUCCUCGAAGUUGUCUUCUACGCCCUGAACGAGUACAUUGUGUACGUGUCGAUGAAAGUCACUGACGCGGGAGGCUCGAUGGUCAUCCACACGUUUGGCGCCAUCUUUGGCCUGGCCGUAGCCAUUGUCCUGGGCGUCCCGUCUCCCCGGGAACAAGAAGAGAACACGUCGCGGUACCACUCGGACGUCUUUGCCAUGAUUGGCACGCUCUUCCUGUGGAUGUACUGGCCGUCGUUCAACUCGGCUAUGGUCGUGGAAGACGGGUUCCAGAAAGAACGGGCCGUGAUCACGACGGUCCUGAGCAUCGCCGCGUCGUGUGCGUCGGCGUUCGUAGCUUCGAAGCUCCUGAGCCACUCGAAGAAGUUCGACAUGGUGCACAUCCAGAACGCCACACUCGCGGGCGGCGUAGCAAUGGGCACGAGCUGCAACCUCGCGAUCAGCCCCGCGGCUUCGAUCACCGUCGGGCUCGUGGUCGGCAUUGCGUCGGUGGUCGGCUACUGCUUCGUGACGCCACGACUGGAACAGAUGCUGCGCCUGUCGGACACGUGUGGCAUCCUCAACUUGCACGCGAUGCCAGGGAUCGUGGGUGGAUUUGCUGGCGCGCUGGUCACGUUUUCGGCGUCCGACGAUUACUAUGGCGAUAGCCUCACGUCCGUCUACGCCGCGCGGGUGGACCGGUCGGCCACGAAACAAGGCUGGUACCAGCUCUUUGCGAUCGUGUCGUCCGCGGGGAUCAGUGCGAUCUCAGGCAUUGUCGUCGGCCUCUUUCUCAAGUCGCGUCUGUUCCACCAGCAGAAACUCAAAUACGACGAUGAGGAGUAUUUCCACGUGCCCGUCGCGGACUGCGAAGUCUGA